UGUUGAUGACGCAAUCAAAAAGGAGGAGUCAUUAGGUUUGAACUAAGUGCGCCGCUUCACUGUUUUUAGGAGCUCAACACUAAAGCAAAAACAAGCCAUAUACACACAAUUAUGGAGUUUAAUUAAACAAAUCCAUGUGAAUAAGAGCUCUCGGUCGUCUCAGUGUCAUUUGGAUAAACAAUGCCUAUUCGAGCAUACUGCACCAUCUGCUCAGAUUUAUUUGAUAAUUCCAAAGAUGUGGCUGCAAUUCACUGUGGCCACACUUUUCAUUAUGUCUGUCUUCUCCAGUGGUUUCAGUCGGCCCCAAACAAAACCUGUCCGCAAUGCAGGAAACAGGUCAGUACACGGCACAUUAUCAACAAGCUGUUCUUUGACAUAGCACCAGAGGAUGAUGGGACGCCAGUGGAUCCUGAAAGUUUACAGAAUGAGCUUGAUAGCAUGAAAGCAGUGUUGUCUGAAAAAGAGAAAGAAUGGAGGGACAAGCAGAAGUCAGUGGACACUCUAAAAGACACAACUGAGAGGCAGAAGAGGGACCUGGAUAGAGUCCAGAAGGAAAUCGGAGACAAAGAGAUGCUGUGUGCUGUCCUCCGGAAACAGAUGAAUUUCUUGGAGAGUCAGAAAAAUGAAGGGCAGGCAGCCAAAGAGGAAGCCAAGCGACUCAGAGUCAAAAUGAAAACCUAUGAAAGUUUAGAUGUGGUCCUACAGGGUCAAAGGUCAGAGGUGGAGGCCAUGAUCACUGAUAUGGGUGUUGGUCAGUCUGCUGUUGAACAGCUGUCCAUAUACUGCAUCUCACUUAAAAAGGAGUACGACAAUCUGAAAGGAAGCCUCAAGUCAUCAAAUGAGAUGUGUGAGAAACUAAAAAGGGAACUCAUCUCUUCUAACAGCAAGUUGCAGAAAGCCACUGCAGAGACAAACGGAACAAAGGAGGACAUGAAGGCACUUCAGAAUGACCUGUCCAACGCAGACAAAGAGAUCACUAGCUUGAAGAAGAAGGUGGAAAUUCUGCAGCGGACAUUAAGCACUCCGACCCGCACCAAUGAGGCCAUCAGCAGACUGGUCUUCGAAAGCCCUGCUCCUCUGGAGCUGAAGCCUCCUGGUCAUGGUCUGAUGACAGGCUCUCAGGAAAUUGACCUCAACCUGACCUUUGACAUUAACACACCCGAACAGGUGGAGAAGAAACCCGUUCAGGUGCCAUCUAAGAAAAUGCGUCUGGACCCUUCGGUAUCGUCAUCCAAAAACAUGGAAAAUGCACUUGGACGUAGUAAUGCUCGUGUUAAAGAAGAUGAUGUCAUGAUGGGGCCCAUGUUAAGGAACUCGCUGCUCUUCAGAAAGAACGCGUUAGGGAGCAUGCUGGACCCAUGCAAAUUUGGCACUGUAAGAUCUGGCUAUGAUGGACUUGGGGGAAGAGCCAAAUUUAUCCAACCUUCUCCUUUAUCUGAGAUUCGACCCCUCGCCAUGAAGUCCAAGAGAAAGAAGGUGUCCAGGCCCGUUACAAGCAAGCCCACCUCCAGCUUGACCACUCUGGAUGGUUUCUUGGAAUAAAACAUCUCCCUUUUCAGGCCUCUAAGAGACAUUUUUCCCAUGAUGCCAGACAAAAAUGCAACAAGGGAAGCCACUAUUUACAGCGACGUUAAUAAGGAAAGUGGUCCUAGUGGUCUAUUGCUAAGAACAAUUUCUUGUGUGAAUAUGACCAGUUUCAGGGGUAUUUGCAUCCACAGGGAGCUGGUGAUCAACAGAUAACACUUCAUGCCACAUGCUUUUGGAAAUUUUCAGUAGAGACUGAAAAUUAAUUUUAGUGCUAGACUGUGUUUGUGGAAAUAUUAAUGGCCACUAAGCUGAUCUAAAUGUUUAUCUAUGUGUGUUUUUAGACUCUUCCUUGUACAGACUAAAUCGUGCCACUGGGUAGUGGGUACCUCAUAUUACGCUGAAAUGAACUUGUCUCAUGAGAUAGAAAAUACUUUUAUUUAUUUGACUUUUCAACAGGGCUGCAUUUCUGGCAUUUUAAGUGUUUUAGGUCAGAAUUUAUAUCCAGUUUCUGUAUUUAUAUUUGUCUGUUUUGUCUUUUCCUUUCUGAAUAUUUUGAUUGAAGUCUUUUAUCUUUUUUUUUUUUUUUCUCAGAUUUCAUUCAUUUUUUUCUUGUCUCUGUACAGAGUAUAAUU